ACCAGCUCAAAUGAAUGUUCACCUGAAAGGUCGGGACCUCCUUACUCUAGAGAACUACACUGCAGAUGAGCUGAAGUAUUUGCUGUGGAUGGCCUCAGAUUUGAAGCAGAGGAUAAAGCACAAAGGAGAAUAUUUGCCUUUGAUGCAAGGAAAAUCUUUGGCCAUGAUUUUUGAAAAGAGAAGCACAAGAACAAGAUUAUCUGCAGAAACAGGAUUUGCUCUCCUUGGAGGGCAUUCUUCCUUCCUUACAACACAAGACAUACACCUGGGCACUAAUGAGAGUCUCACAGAUACAGCAAGGGUGCUGUCCAGCAUGACAAAUGCAAUCUUGGCUCGAGUUUAUAAGCAUAAUGACCUGGACCUAAUGAUAAAAGAAGCCACAGUCCCAGUAAUCAAUGGAUUGUCCGAUUUACACCAUCCUCUCCAGAUUUUAGCUGAUUACCUAACUCUUCAGGAGCACUAUGGUGGGCUGAGUGGGCUCACUAUUGCCUGGAUUGGGGAUGGAAACAACGUCCUCCACUCCAUCAUGACGAGUGCUGCAAAGCUGGGGAUGCACCUGCAGAUUGCGACUCCCAAGGGUUUUGAGCCAGACCUCAGUAUCACUGAAAUAACUGAGCAGUACUCUGAAGAGUAUGGUACCAAGUUACUUCUCACAACAGAUCCUCUGGAAGCUGCAGACAGUGCCAAUGUCUUAGUUACAGACACAUGGAUAAGUAUGGGACAAGAAGAGGAAAAGAAAGACAGACUAAAGGCUUUUCAAGGUUAUCAGAUUACAAUGCAGACUGCAAAAUCUGCUGCUGCCAACUGGACUUUUUUACAUUGUUUACCACGAAAACCUGAAGAAGUUGAUGAUGAAGUAUUUUAUUCUCCCCAGUCAUUGGUUUUCCUGGAGGCUGAAAACAGAAAAUGGACAAUUAUGGCUGUCAUGGUUUCCCUGCUGACAGAUUACUCACCACAGCUACAAAAACCUACGUUUUGAUGCUUGAAUUCCUGCCAAGAGAAAAAUUUUCCUCAUCGGCAGAACAUUCUGGUCCAUAAAUACAUAGAUCUUCUUCAGAAAGGAUCAAGGCAAUGAGUGAUUUUUUAAUAAAACCAUAUAGUUAGCU